UAGCGGAUCGCCGAAGUUCGCCCGGCGGGACGCACGAACUAUCGAUGUAGUGUUGGCGACAACACGGAACACCCGUCGCACCGGUCUACGCUCGCCGCAUAAGGUCCCAGGGAGGACGCCGCCGCCGUACUUUUGGGCCCGGUGUAGCUUUUUCUCAGCUUUCGUUGUUCCCCCACUGUCCGCUCGUUUGUGUUUUGGGCGCGAGAUUUUUGUAUACGCACGCAGGCGAAACAGUGUUCCGGCACUACCGGACGACUGGCUUUUUUCCCUCCCUCGCGUCGCUACCACCCCUCUCCGGCCGUGUAYCGCCACCUCAUCUGAGCACUCGUCUCCCCAGCAAACCUGAUAACGCGAGCCUUUGUCCUUAAAGGUCCAUUGUCUCGUCCUCGCAUAGUCGUCUUCCGCGCAUUUUUGUGUACCAUUCUUAGUCCUUUGCCGUGCCGCAAGAAAGCCUUUUUUUUAUUUUCGAAAACUCUCUAGUUCGGCCGUGACUCUGUUGUAGUGUUUUGGGUCUGUCGUGCCACCAACGACCCAACGCAUUUUUCAAGUCUCGAGACAUUUUAAACAUUUUUUCGCGCAAGUAUCCUAGCAAUUCGUAUUUUAGAUUGAAUUCUCACACAUCGAAAGUUGUCAGAUAUUUACUACAUCAAAUUAUAUAAAAUGGUAUCUACUAGACAACAAAGUAGUAGCAGUUCUGGUACUUCAACCAAAGUGGUUGUUAUUACAAAACCUGAGAAAAAUUUCAGUGUAGUUAAUUUAGGCCAAAGUAGUUCUAGCCAUAUUAAUUUGCUAGACCUUCCAUAUGAAAUCCUUGAGAAAAUUUUAUCAUAUACAAAUUUUAAACACAUAUCCCAACUAAGAUCGAUUUCCCGGCAUUUUAAUGUAGUGUGUAGUACUAUAUUAAAUUCUACUUUUCAACGUUUGCAAAACCAAAUGUUAAAUCGCUUUCAAAUUAUUAAAACAAAAAUGCCUAGGCGAGAAUCUGCUAGGCGACAACAUCCACUCGCAUGCGAAUCCGAUAUUGUUGAAACACUUCACAUGAGAUUAUUAUUAUUGCGUAUGGCAUUUGGUAAACACAUUGAAAGAAAACAUAUAUGUUUUUUUGCUGGAGAGAUUUUAGAUGAAGUGUAUAAAAUACUACAUUACAUUAAAGUUACUACAAAGUUGGCAAGGCCAUAUAAAGUGACAGAUGAACUAUUUGACUUAUCCACAAUGGCAAUGGAAUAUUUUAGGGAAAAGAUUGAACCAACUCUUCCAGAAAUUCGACUUUUUGCCAAUGAUUAUCAUGAAUUCCCAUCACCUUUGGGUCCACCCAAUACUAGAACUAUUACCAGCAUGUGUUUGAGAAAACGUAGUUUAAUGAUACGUGAAGGGUCAGUUUCAAGCUUAGAAGGGAAACGGGCUUCAUCCGAAAGUCCUCAAUGUGGUUCAAUGUUACGAAAAAGUGUUAGUAAAAUUAAACAAGGAAUAAAAACGUCUCAAAGUUGUCAUUUGGAAAGAGAUUUCUUAGACUUACGAAAACAAUUGCGCAAAACAUCAACUCAAUCAGGUAAUAUGCAGCGCGAGUUAAAGCAAUGCAAAUCACAAAUGGCUGAACAACAUAAAACACUAGUAGAAUAUUCAAGUAGGAUGGAUGAAUAUGAUAAGAAGAAUGAAGAGACAAAUCGAAAAUUCAGUACAUUAUUACAAGAACUUAAUAAAUGCAAAACAGAAAUUCAAUAUCUACAAUCAGCAUCAUCUUCGUCUACAGUUUCAGUUUGUUCAUCCUGCAGUACUACUGCUAGUGAUUUAUCUUUAGCUAUGGGACCACCUGCUUUAAAUUCUACUACCAAUGCUGUAAGCACUAGAUUGCAUAGUCAAGGUGACCAAAUUCCAGAAAAUACUAACGAGGAUUCUGUGGAACCRAGUGAACCAGUAGUAAUUGAAGAAGUGAAGAGUUCUGAUGAGCAGGAACCAUCCACUAGUACUGGUGUAAAACGUAAAUUAGAAUUAGCUAUUCCCAAAGCUGCGAAACGUGUUAGAGCUGUAGCCAAAAAAGCACGUAGCAUAAAUAAUGCCAACUAGACAAUAAAUAAAUGAUAAUGAAAAUAAUAAUUUUUUAUCGAAACGAAUCUACCUCUCACAUUCAUAUAGACUUAAAUUGAAUUUKAAACACAAAUUUUAAAUACAAAUUAAUAUUUAGUUAAAAAUCUUAUCGAUCACAAUUUAAGUAUAAUUAU